AUGGUCAUCGCCUCAGCCCUGACUCCCGGUCACACCCCAAACACUGGCUUCCGAACGCUCACAUGUGCCCACCGGGUGGCCUGGAGCCCCCUGCACCGCCAAGCCUGCUGCCCACACUCACCACCGCAGAGCCCCUCGCUGCGGACCAGCUUUCUGAAGCCUGAACCUGCUGAAAGCAGCCAGGGGUCCUCAGCGGAGGAGUGCACAAGGUCUCCCGGCUCGAGUCCGCUGGAAAGGAGCGACUCCGUCCUCCCCGUCAGAGGCCGCGGAGCCCAGAGCUGGCUUGGCUCCCCCUCAGACCCGUCCGAAGCCCCGACUAAACCUACCACGGGAGCGUUUCCGAUGGGCCUCCCGGGACAAGUGCGCAGCUCUGGCUCCCACACCACGCGAGCGCCUCCCGAGUCACGCUACCCGCCUCAGAAAUGUCCAACUCGUGCCCCUGGCGACCCGCUCUCGGCGGGCCUGACCCCCACAGACACACGGCUCACCUCGAGCGCAGCCCCGCGGCACCCCUCUCCAAGGGGGCCGCCAGAGAGACAAGCUCGGGGAACGCCGCGGUUUUGGGGACUGGACUCGGAGGGCCGCAGGGGACGGUGGCCGCAAGUGACCUCCUGGAACCCUCGGGCCAGGCCGCCCUCACCCCCUGCAGCUGGCCUGCGGGACCCGCCCCCCGAAACCGCGCCCGGGCCCCCGAGAGCCUCCUGUUUCCACGACAACCGGAGAAGCCUGGCCUGGGCGGCCCAAGAGACGCCCCGUGCGGGCCCAGCCGCCCCGGCGCGUGCCCCCCGCCCCGGGGCCUCGCCGCCCAGCCAGCCUCCGCGCCCCGGAGUCCCGGACGCCACGGAGCGACCCCUGCCGCCGCUCCUCGCGCACCCCUCACCUCCAACGCAGCCCGCCGCCGCCGCCGCCGCGUUCCCGCGCGGCUCCCACCCUCGCCGUUGGCCCGAGCCCGUGUCCCGGACCCGCGCAUGGCGCGACGCCUCCUGCCGGCCGCCCAACGGACGGGGGCGGGCCUUCGGGGGCGGGGCUAGGUGGGCGGGGCCUCGAGGGGGGCGGGGCGGGCGGCGGGAAGACGGGAGCGCGAGCUCCUCCUGCGGCCAACCCGAGACACGGAGCGGGCCUCGGGAAGGGGCGGGACCUCCGAGGGACGAGCCGCUGGCCCAAUGGACGCGGCCUGACUCCUCGCGAUCACACGGGGCCAACCCCGGGACGCACAGGUCACCCUCCCGAAAUGGGCUGUCGGGCCACCGCCGGGAUGGGCGCCUCCCCUCCGACCACCACCACGAGCGUACACGUCGGUUCAAAAGCCCAUCGCGAGGCCAGGGAAGCCCCGCCGGCCGGCAGCCAGGCCUCCAGCAGCAAGCACUCCUGCUCGCAUCUGUCGUGACGAUCGCUAGUGGACUAACUGAGCAGGUGGUCAACGGCAGGCCGGCCCAGCGGCGCGGGAUGCCGGGGGGGGCCCCCCAACCCCCGCUCCUGCCUUCCUCUCCAACCUUCACACCAGCUCCACCUCUCGCCCUGCCCUGGAAGUGCCCCCCUAACUCAGGAGCGGUGGCUGAAGUGCCGGAAUGCCCAACAGGCCACUCUGCGGCCAACCCCUCCCUCCCCCGACUCCUUGGGACACAGUAG